AUGCGACGAUGGUUUUCCAAAUUGGGUCCAACUUCUCUGACUAGCAGCACAUCACGGACCACAUCAUUUACUCCAGAAUCUCCUGAAUCGACAUCCGUGGAGCAGCUUGCCGAUUCAUCAAUUCCUUCGCCACCAGCACCGUUCAUCAUCUCGAAGCCAGAUAUCCACUGGAAUGUCGAUUUCGCGUCAGAUCCUUGUUCAUGGGAAACCUGUUUCGAUAGACAUUGGGAAGCAGCCGAAAAAUUGCUGGAAAAUGACGAGGAAAUUGAUUACGAAAAAGUAUUAACUAUAUUUCAACACUUGAAUUGCACAGUGCAGUUAUUAAUGAUGGAAGCAAACGCCCAGCCGGAAUCUGCUAUUGGCCCUAUAUUGGAUCGUCACUUUACUCACCAAAUUAUGGAACGAGUAGUUGACUGGGCAAUUACAACUCCACAUUUUUUGGCACCAACAUGUCAGGUUAAUCUGAUUCGUCUUUAUGAAAUCGUUGUUGGAGAAAGUCAUACACAGAAUCACUGCUUGUUGGUGCAUAAACCGAUUCUACUCCCGUUGCUGAAAUUACUGGAUUGGUGUAAAAAAAGUGCAGAAAAAAGGAAUUUUACUCCAUCUAACACAGAUAGACAUUUCGUUUUACUUUUAAAUCAGAUCUGCGCAAAACUGGCAGAAGAUGCGACAUUGCUGCAUUUCUUUUUUGAUUUUGACAAUGAUUGUGAUGAGCAGUUUUUAGUGUUCAGUUUGCUAACCCCAUAUCUUUAUGAUUUCGGUGAAGUUGGACAAUUGGCUCGCGAUGCAUUACUUUUGAUACUUUCUGCUUCGCGACGACUAAAGCGCAUUGCUGCAUUUAUUGCUGUUAAGUCGAACUUUUGUCCAGUGGUUGCAACGGGUCUUUCGGGUUGCUUUUCUCAAUUAUCACGCUCAGUUGGUUCAAUGUUAUAUAUAAGUGAUGACUGGCAUAAAAUAAAUGCCGAUGACAUCGAUUCUUAUUCCAGCUUAUUGGAUUUCCAUUCGUCAUUAAUUUUCUGUAAUGCUGUUAUACAGGUUGCUCACAACUAUGUUGUAUCACAAGUCAUUACGUAUGUUUAUCACGGGUUUUUGCUUCCUGUCAUUCUACCUUCAUUGUUGCAGGGUGGGCAGGAUGAGCUUAUCUCAUCAACAGCCUAUUAUCAUCUUUGUUUGGAUAGUGUCACUGAAACAGCACUUAUACAAACAUUAGUAAAAUUACUUCUUAUUGAAAGCUGUGAAGGCAACAAGAAGGUGCUUGAUGUUAUCGUGGAAAGGAUAUCUGCAGGAAAUCGGCUCAGCCAAGUUAGUUUAUCGUUGGUGAGAACGCUGAUUGAUUUACGAUGCGAAGACAUCAUGUUCGAUCUCGUUUUCAAAUACCUUAUGCCUUGCACGUUUUUACAACCUAACCAAACGCUUCAUUUAAAGAAUCAGAAGUAUGUAAGGACGGCUGCUCAAACUUUACUGACAUUUAUUCCUGAAUGUACAUAUAAAUCUUCAGCACUAUGUUCCCAAGAAACUCUUCAUAUUUAUCUCACUGAAUGUCGAAAUUAUGUGCAGCAAACAGCAGAUGCCUGUUUUGAAAAAUGGGUUUGGAGUUACGAUGGUCGCAUUCCUUCGUUGCUUAUGCCAAAGUUAAGUUCAGAUGAUGAAAGCACUACUAAUUAUAAUGGAACAUUUGUUGGACACUCUUCAGUGCGUUCAUCAAUGGCUUCAGCACGAAAUGGUUUGAAUCGGUACUUCGUGAGCCGAACUGCUCACAUUACUGCUGAAAGCUUACGCCAGCAUACUCCAUUACCAGAACUUGGAGAACAAGAAUCGUCAUCAAGAAGCAGCUUUCCAUAUGAUAUUGCAGAUUCUUCACUAGUUCUGGAUGAUGAAGAUGAUGAAUUGAUUAUACCACCUUUAACACCCAAAUCGCUUGUGAUGAUGACUUCAUCGAGUGAUUAUUUUCAAUUUGCAUAUGGAGAAUUAUCGGAAACUGAUGCAGAAGCGAUUAAUCCCAACACGAUCGGCAUGAGUGACGCACCAUCACAAGCAGUUUUAGACAAAGGAAGUUUAGCAAGCACAAAUGCACAUUGUGAUACUGAUAUUGAAAUGGCACGAUCGUUUGUUCUGAGAGGUUGGGGAAGAAUUGAGGAUAUGGAAACUUUUAUGGCGUUGAUGGAUAGAGUGCCAGCAUCGAGAAUAAAGCAUUCCUUGGAAGAAAAUUUAGCUUUGAUUGAUUCACGAAUUCAGUAUCUUGAGGAGUUGAAAGCUGAGACUAAACCAUUAGAAUCGGAAAGUGAUGGAUUUAAAAAUGAUACAAAUAACAACAAUGAUGAUGACUACCCCGUGCCAUUGGGGCAGCCGAUCGAAUGUUUUGAUAAUCAAGGUGUCGGACCUUUUCUGGAAUCUAUACUACGUUCCUUGGAGAAUAUGCUGGAUAAUUCGUUACAUGUAACAUUGCAAACAACAUCGGUAUUAGCGGCACUUGCGUCAUAUCCUCAGCCACUUAUUGCUCAUUAUCUAUUUGAUCAACGCAUGCUUUUGCAACCUAAUGUGAAAAAUUUGUUUAAGGUUAUGGAUUCAUUAAAAACGCGAAUUGAUGCAUAUGCAUCGUCACUUGAUGGUUUUGAUGUUUUGCUGGAACGAGGAAUCAAAUUUCUACGGUCAAGAGCUGAUCGCUAUGAGAAAGCCAUGGAAAAUAAUCGGCAGUAUAUGUUGCAUUUGCGAUCUUCCGGUGAUUCGCUUUCACGAAAUGGCAAUACAAAAGGGACAAAUUCGUCGAGAGGUUUAUUAAAUCGCAGUAAACGCCAGCAUUCUACUAACGGUUCUGCUCAUCCACAUGAAUUUCGUAUUUACACACACAAAGCAAUGGAAAGUCGUGAUGUAACAUUGGACCAUGCUCGAGCAAAGCAAUUUGUUUUCGCGGCCAUCAUACUGUCACAGUUUUGUCAGGAAUUAGCUGCUACAGUAUUGCAACAUUCUACUGUUGUUCCGCGGCCAAAAGGUACUCGUGACUCUCCACUUUAG